UGCUCUUGCUAGUCGCCGCCGUUGGCCUUUCCAGCGCUGCUUCUCCUCUCACCGUUGCUGCUUCUCUCUCUCUGGUUUAUGUUUUCUCAUUCACUGUGAAAAUAAUGAUUCCCUGCAUAGUUCUUGUUGGCCCUAUUGGUCUUGGUUUUGGAUAUAUGAGUGGGUUAUCCAGGUCAUAGUGCUUUGGAGAAGAGACUUGUAUGAUUCCAUUAUCAUAGAUGAGCAUUUUAAAGGACAAAGAUGUGCAUACGUUUUUCUCCCUGUUGCUGCCUGCAACAAUCAAUCUGGCCUUUGUACACAUUGCCUCUUUUACUGAUCUUUGUUUUUCAUCUCUUAUUCUUAGUGUUACUGCUGGUCUCUCAUACAGGGAAUUUUCUGCGCAUUGCCAUUUUUAACAUUAGUUACAUAAGAGGCCUUUUUCCUGAGAAAUAUUUCAAUGAUAAGUCUGUUCCUGCCUUAAAAUUAUGAACAGAGAUGAAGAUCAAAAAGCUUACACCAAUGGAUGCAAAGU